UUCCGGUGUCAUCCUGGUUGUUUCGGAGUGACUUGACGCUGAAGAAAGAUGGUCUCCAUGAUGACAACUUUAAAAUACCAACAGUAGCCAGAGGGUUGAAACUGCCUGCUAACAUUUAUUUAACAAAAAUGUUUAUGUGUCGUUAUCACGUCGAGUGUCGGCACCGUUUUGAAUUAGCUUAGCAGGCUAACGCUAGCUAGCCAGCUAGCAUGAAGUCGCCGCUUUUGUUUACAUCCAGUCCUGAUGACGGGCCCGGAGAGGUGUGUUAGCUAAACCCAGCUACACGACUUGUUUGAGGGUGAAGUGUCCUCCCAAAGCCCGCUCUGUCAGGACCGGGGUCGUCUAUCGGAACUGCUGCCACCUCAGGGUGAUGGAAGUGUCGCCUCAGGAUCCAUCUCUAAUGGCUAUGGACCUGUCAAAGGGCUACUCAGUCAACCCACUGACCCACAGCCACACUGAAGCCAUGGACCUGGCAAAGAAACCCGAGUGGUACCACAGACGCCCGCCGAGCUGCAGCACAGAGAUCAGCUCCCCAUUUCGAUCCAGAGCCUCGUUCUCCUACAACUCUCAGCUGCAUCCUGAGCAGGGUGCACCUGUCCACUGCAGAGACAUGGAGCAGAGUCCUGAGGCAUUAGGCAACUACAUGAAUUCCACGCUAGCUCCGGGGCUUGAUCUGUAUCGUGAUGGAGUUCACGGCAACCUGUGGCAUCAGGGUUUCUAUGGGCCUGACCAACCUGGCGGUGCAGUUCCUGAAAGCAGCGGUGGGGAGGAGAGUGACAGCGGCUCUGAUGUAAUUUUCCUUGUAUCUUCCGCUAAGGAGCCACUCUUGUGCAGUUCUUUCAUCCAAGACAGUGUGAGGCACAUAGUGGAGCCCCUGUCCCCAGCUGUGUCCCUGUCCUCACUGGAUGAAGGGAGAGGUUGCUAUCACCUACCUCAGCCUAUGAGCUCACCCAGUCCUGACAGCUCAUAUUCAGAAGACUCCUCAGAUAGCUCAGUUGACAUUCCUAUACAUCACACCAGACCUGUAGUCCUCCUGUCAGACCUAAGUGCUGUUUACGGCAACGCUGCAGAAUCUCCAGUUGAUAUUUCAAGCGAUGACAGCGAUGUUAUUGAAGUUUCGAUUACCAAUGAAAAGAAGAAAAGCGACACCUUUCCUUGUAAGAAAAGUGCUUCUUGUAAGAAGAGUCUGGUGAGAGAAACCCCUCCUCAGAGCGAGGAUGAAAAAGCUCCAACCAGAGAAGUUCGGCGAAGUACCCGAAUCAGAAAACCCGUUUCUGAAACGCCUUUGUUUACCUGCAGUGCAUCUCGCCACAGUUUGAGGAGACGAGCUAAAAACAGCGCCGUUGGUAUUUAUAAUGAAAGUGGUGAUUCUGAAGACCUGAUUGAAUACGCGACGAGGUUGUUCAACUCAGACGCAGAAGAAGCAGCCUCGCAGCCAAAUGUGUCACAAAGAGUGAGCAGUAAUUCAGAGGAGUCUGAUGUUGAUGCUCGGACAGACAGGAAGUCACCGCAGAGAGAGUCGCACGAGGAGCAGCAGCCUCGUCACAAAGUGUCACGCACGAAAAGCAUAAAUCAUAAACGAAAGAAGCCCCUCCCCCUUUGUAAAACUAAAAGGUUAAGAACUAAACAGAAACAAAACUGCAGAAUCGAACCAGAGGAGCAAGAAAGGAAAACAAACAAAAAAACAGUUGCAAGACGGAAGAAAAAAGUGCGUUCGCAGACUGGACCUUCUGCUCUGUUUCCCGCCAGGGAGCCAGAAAUCAAACUUAAAUAUGCAAAAAUAAAAGAGGAAAAAAAGGACAAGAAAUUGGGGAGUUUUUGCCCUUUUGUUCACAUGGAGAAGAGGAUGUGCACUGUGGUCAACUAUCAGGAGGAGGAGGCGACAGUCAGGAGCAGCAAAGGAGGACGGCAGCAGACAGCCACAGCCUCUGUGUCUGGCUUUGUUCCCCACACGUCCUGUUUCCAGCUGGGUCGGUUCAGUUCGGAAAGCAGGUCUCAGGCCACGCUGUUGUGCUGCCUGUGCGGUCAGACGGCCAACGCUGUGGGCCUCGGGGACCUUCACGGCCCGUACCAUCCCACUGGUCCUUCUCUGGACUGCAGGACUGAGCCGAAAGAGGAGGAACAUUUACUUGUCAAUAAACGUUCAGUAAACUCCUCAGGCGAUGGGUGUGAUGGUUAUGACUGCUCUGCCGUCAAAGGUUUGCCUGAGAGCAACAACCACUCUCUCCCAAAGGUGCCUCUUCAUCUGGACGAGUGCUGGAUUCAUGAGGACUGCGGCAUCUGGUCGGCUGGUGUCUUCCUGGUCAGAGGGAAGCUGUAUGGGUUAGAGGAGGCAGCCCGGCUCGCACAAGAAACAAUGUGCUCAUUGUGCCAACAAACAGGUGCAAUAAUGGGAUGUUUCCAGAAGGGCUGUCCCAGAAAUUAUCACUACAGAUGUGCCAUUCAGUCAGGCUGUGUCUUAAAUGAGGAGAACUUCUCAAUUAGAUGUUCUGAGCACAAGAACAAACCCUUAACAAGUGUAUCCAGACAACACAAGAGAUGACCUGAAAGACAUUUGGGGGCACUGGAGAAUGAUCCACAGAUCUCCUCAGGGUGUGACGUGAUCUGCCUGAUUUCACCUCUGCUGUUUUAUAACACUAAUUAAAGCUCGAGCAGAAGGAAAACCUUCUGGUAAGACUUCACUUGACGUCAAAGACAGAUCAACCAGGGGCCACUUUAGGACUUUUAUAAGAUGUGUUUUUUUUCUGUCUCUUUAACAGACAGUGACAACAAUUGGACAAAAUGGUGUGUAUGUGUGUUUGUGUGUGUGUUUGUGCGUGUGAAUGAAUAUUUAUUCUUCGUAAAGAUCCACACUUUGACUAGCCACGUCACAAAUACAGUUUAUUAUUUGAACAUGAUGAUUAUAUUAGAGUUUAAAUGAGCUUUAUUGAUUUGUUGUAUAGAAUAUGAUAUCUUUAUAUAAGGUCACUUCUUUUCUUUCUACAGUUUUUGUACUACUUUUUUUUUUAUUACUGUUAGUUCUUCAUCACAUAACAAAACCUAAUUUAUUUCCAUCGUGUUGCAUGCUCAGUUGUUGCUACAAUGCACUUUAUAGUAUGAUUUUAUUCCUUCUGCUGUUAUUUAUGUCUAUUUGAAGACUUUGUUCUUCCAUUUUUUACUAAUAAUAUUUAAUGUAAAGCUGCACUAAGCAAGAUUUAUAUAUAAAAUUAUGGAAUUCCUGUUAAAAUCUACAGUAAGGCUGCAACAGAGAACAUCCCGUCCCCUCUAACUGAGACCACAAACUGUACAUUCACCAUAUUUUAAGCACAUUUAUUUCUGGUGUCAGGUGUCGAUGCUUCUACUGCUCGGAGGAUGUGGAAAUGUAAGACCGACAAACGGAACACGAUGUCUCAUAACAGCAGGGAGAGUUUGGUCCAGAAAAAGAUGCGUUCAGUGUUUAGUCUCUUAUUGUUAUGUUACGGGAUAGUGUCAAGUGAAAGGGUCAGUUCAGUGAAAUCACAAAAAGAACUUACCGUAAAGAUUGGUGAGGUUGUUUGACAGAUAAUUAAUAAACAACAAUUUUAGUUGUGAAUUUAUUGAUUGUUAGAUUUUCCAAAAACAAAUAAUUCCAGCUCUCUGUAUUAUAUAAUUGUGAGUAGAAUAUGUAGGGGUUUGUAGACACAAAUCAAACUGUGUUGACUGUCACUUUGGGCACUUUGGAACAACAGUUCCCAUAAUGUUUGGGCUUCGGGGGAUGUAAACAGGAAGUACAGUGUCGUCAUUGACUGCGUGAGUUAGCUGACAUAAGGGUCAUUUUUGUAGCCUGUAUUUAUUUACAUUUUUGGCAAAUUAGCCCCAUGAAAAUAAUGCCGAAUUGGCUAUUAGCACUCCCUGUUUGCAAUGUACCCAUGGAUGUACAGACCACUAUCACUGGAUUACUUUGAUACUGAAGAAAACCUGAAAACGGGCCAAUUCUCAGACUCAGAGUUCUGGAGUUCAGGAGCAGCUUUUUGUUUCUAAGCAUAGGUCCCAUUUUUUUAGGGUACAUUUGCUAACACACUUGGCAGAUUAGCUCAAUGAACAGAAUACUAUUGCUGGAUUACUUUGAUAGACCACACUGGCACUGCAUCAUCAACAAGGCCACGCCCCCUUUUAGGGUAAAGAAACAUGCUGUCACAUCAGAAGAGAAACAGGAAACAGCAGUAAAGCUGCUGAAUGAAGGGUUAACCAAGGCUUUCACACUGAAAUUAGAGGCACAUAAGAUGUGAUUAUUCAGAGUGGUAAAUCACUACAUCAGUAAAUUGUGCUGGUGAUAGGUACUGCCGAAGGAUCGCUAAUGUUAGCUUGAGUGAGAGGCUGCUUAUGUAGAGUCACACAGAGUAGUAUCAGACUGUUCUCUUAAAACUCAGAUGAGAUGAAACAGUUGGCUAUUAACAGGUUGGCUAUCGUCUAACGGCACCUGGUGAUCCAAUUCAAAUAUGUAGAGAUUAGAGUUCGGCUCAGGCUGCAUAUCCUUGUCCGAUCCCGACACAGCUAAUACUAACACUGUUGUUGUUACUGUGGUUACAGCUUGCCUAUAUACCAUUAUUACACACAUGGCACCUUGUAAAUGACCGUCAAAGUGUACACACGUCGCACACACACAUUACACAAUGUCUUAAUAUUGGCGUACGUCAACUCCUUAUCUCCUCUCUUGACCUGUAACCGCUGUUUACUGAACUAUUUACAUAAUUCGACCAUCGUGGUGUAUUUGGAGUCCACUGUAGAUAGCUACAGCGCAGUCCCCCUCCCCUUUAUUUAGAGCACAAAUGUCUUGUGUUUAUUUGAACUUUGAUCAGUUUUCCAGGAACACCUGAUUAAUAAAGGUAUCGCGUACACUCAGGUUCAGGCAAGGUCAUGAAACAAUUAGUAGACAUGUCUAUAAAACAAAGGCAAGUAAAAAUUAGAAUCCUUAAACAGACGUCAAAUUGCAUUUACAUCUAUUUAAUCUUCAGUUUUCUGUCUCCCAGAAAGGAGCAUGGCCUUGUUUGCGAGAUACCUGUAUGUGCUGGUCUGGUCUAUACCGAAAAAAUUAAAUAAAAUUGUAAAAAAUGUGAUAAUUCUCAGUCAGGUUUUGGAGUUAUAAGAGUGUCUUUGUUUUCUAAGCAGAUUUAUAGACCUUUAUUCAACCAAUUGUAAGAGAUAGUGAAAAUUCUCCACACUGAGAUUUGUGGAUUAUCAUCGGCCAAUAAAACUGAGCACAGAACAUGAUAAAGUGCCACAGGAAUAAGUUGUAAAAUAUGAUUUUGUGAUUUGGCUGAAUUGACCCUUUUAAUAUGUUUAAAUUGCUGUGUAGAGCUAAAGUUGCCUAGUGCAGCUUUAAUAAUCCAUCUGUGUGUGAGCUCUUGUAUUUCAGUUCCCAUGAUGUGACAGAUGACAAACAUUCAAGUGUUAAUUGUUUAAAAACAGAGGCUUUUAAGUUUAUUGUCAGUUUGCUUUCAUGCCUGCACUUUUUUAUUAUUUGAGGAAUAAAAAAAGAUAACUAAUGUUAUUUAAUAAAAGUCUAUA